AUGGGGUACACGAGGUACGUGGCCUGUGCGGUGUUGCUGAUCUGCCCGUUGGCGCUCAGCCGGCACGACGAUGACUUCGCCUUUGAUAACAACGAAGAGUUUCAGGUUGAGCUGACAGCGAACCAUUCUGAGAUAGCAAAAAAUGGCCUAAGACGAUUGUGGGGCGUUCCUGACACAUCGGCCUAUGUGGGACACCUAUUCCGGAUGGAAAUCCCGAAAGAAGCGUUUUCGGGAGAGGUUUUAGCAUAUAAGGUUCGAAGUGAAGGCGAUCGUCGGCUGCCUAGCUGGCUGGCCGUGGACACAAAACAUGGCCUGAUCAGCGGAGUGCCACAGAAACAGGACCUCGGAACGCACACCUUUUCAGUCACGGCGCACGGACGGACACAUGGCUUGACGGCUACCGACACGUUCACUAUCGAAGUAAAGAAAGCCGACGAAAAGCCGCAGUCGCGAUACGGCACUUGUAUACACAACGAAAACAGACUGGUUCUAGUGAUACUCAUAGAUGCUGCCUUCCAAAAAAUACUGCCUCGGCACAGGAUACGCGCACUCAUGGAACUCGCCAGUUUUAUGGCGUUAGAUGGGGAUGAAUUUUGGAUGGAGCCGCACAAAACGGAAUAUACUCACGGGCAUUCAGUGAUUCUAAGCGGUCCGGGCUCAACGAAGCGUAGGCAUAGUGAAGCGACCACUGCCAUUUACUUAAACGUUGGUUGUGGAGAAAAACUUUGGAGUAGACAUAAAGUUCUCGUUGCUGGUCUACGAGAACAGUCCAGAGACGGCACUUUGCACCAAUUGCUUCAGCUUCCAGUUCUCGGUUGGAGACUAUUAGCUGUUAAACCAAAUUCCAGACUUAAACGACAGUCGCCACUGGAUGGCUCUGGUGACUACGAUAACUAUGAUGGUGAAGAAGAUCCAGCUGAUUACAGCGGUUAUGACGAUGAUGAUGACGACUUCGACUCGCCCAUUGAUUUGGGACCCGUACCUGACUUGGACCACAAAGUGAAAAUCACUCCUUACUCGGAGACUGCCUCCGAAGCGAGUAGUGUUAAUUUCUCGAAGGAACCCGCUCCUGUCAACAGAAACCUUGACGAUCAUUCACCAAUAGUCAUAGUCCCAGAAGAAGUAACGACUUCUACAGAAGCUGAACUGCAAACCGUAAUAAUACGCGCAUCAAACGAACUACCACCGGUGUCCUCCUCCGAAACCCCCACAUCGCCCACGUCGCCCGUCGAGACGGAGCCGACAACUCUGUCGACGACAUCGACGACAACAUCGACGACGUCAACGACAACCACGACGACUCCAGCGCCGACAACGCCGUUGCCAACUGUAACUUUGACCACGCCAACAACAGUUUUAACUACUCCCGAAACGACGACUGAGGAAGUGACAAAGCAGGAGACUAUGACGUCAUCGGAGCGUACGAGUACAAUAAUAGGGCGUACCACGGAGACAGUGACUUUCGCGAUGCCUAUCAAUCAGCCGCCAACACUGAAGCACCAUAUGAAGAAACUGGCUAUCACCGCUGGAAAGGCCUUCAGAUAUAUAAUCCCCGCGGACCUAUUCACGGAUCCCGAAGAAGGCAGCAAUCUCACAUUCACAAUGUACGAAGCUGAAAAUGUCCCGCUCAGCCAGAACUCAUGGAUACAAUUCAUUCCCAGCGAGAGGGAAGUGUAUGGAUUACCGCUCGAGGCUCACGUGUCCCGCUGGAACUUCAUAGUAGAAGCCCGUGACAGCGAAGGCCUUGUAGCGCGCGGUCCGCUGGACAUCACCGUGCAGCAACACAAGAGCGCCCGCACCGUCAACCACCACUUCACCAUGCACUUCAAACUGAUGAAGCACUACACCAACACGAUAGACUGGCAGAUCCGCGCCUUGGAAGGGAUCGUCAACCUAUUCCGGGAUACCGAUAUGGACCAUCUUACGGUAUUGAAUGCGACUUUGAUUGGCGAUACCUGUGAGUUCGUAUGGACAAACGAUACGCUGCCAAAAGAUAUGGCGUGUCCAAUGGACGAUAUUAAUCGACUUAUGAAGAUCCUUGAAUCCGACUCUGAACCUGGUGGUCCAUCGGCCGGUUUGGCCCGUGCUAUGUCACCAGAGUUGAAAGUCAGUGCAGUCAGCUGGCGUGGUCUCGGUCGGUGCGCUGUGGCCCCGGCAACUCGGCCUCCGGACACCUACCCUCCCGUCACGAGGAACCAGGUCGACCACCUAACUGCCACCGUGGGACACUUGCUAGUCUAUAAAGUUCCGGAGGAUACAUUCUUCGAUCCAGAAGACGGUGGUACUCGUAAUCUGCAUCUGUCGCUACGGUUCAGCGAUCGUUCCGAAAUACCAACCAACCACUGGUUGCAGUUCGAUGCCAAUAACCAAGAGUUUUAUGGUCUACCCUCCACCAACGACCAGGGCAGUGUGCAUUAUCAAUUGAUUGCGGAAGACUCCAGCAAGAAGAGUGCAUACGACAGUCUCAUAGUUGAAGUGGCGAAGGCUCCGACAAUUCGCCCGACCGUCGAAUUCCAAAUGACCAUGGACCCUUCGCCAAAUCUGAUGCAGACUGCUGGCAAUAAGAGGAAGAUAGUGGAAAAGCUGGCUGCGCUGUUCGACCAGAAGGAGACUGAGAAUAUAAGAAUACAGAGUAUCUCCGACAACCCUCCUACUAUCAUAUGGUACAACACGAGUCUACCAAUGGACAGAUGUCCGAAAAGAGAGAUCGAAGAACUGCGCAACUCCAUAAUCGUGGACGAAAGAGGUGCCAUGGGCGGCAACUUGAAAGAGAAGGUGGACCAAAUCUUCGAUAAGGACCUCAAAGUGAUGUCCAUAAGGCUGAUCCCGCUUGGGCUCUGCGCGGAACAAAACACGAAGACGCCGAAGGCAAUGGUCCCGUCGCACAGCGGAAACAUGAAUAGCAAGACACCAAACGCCAGCCCAGAGUAUUCGGACUAUCUGGUCACCUUUGUUAUACCGGCUGUGGUCAUUGUUUGUAUGAUUCUCUUGGCUGGAAUCAUUGCCUGCGUCCUGUAUCGGAGACGGCGAACUGGAAAAAUGAGCGUUGGCGACGAGGAAGAGCGCCAAGCGUUCCGGUCAAAAGGUAUCCCAGUCAUCUUCCAAGACGAGUUGGAAGAGAGAACUGACACUGAACCCGUCGAUAAGAGCCCAGUUAUCAUGCGCGAGGAAAAGCCACCGUUAUUGCCACCCGCACCAGAGUACAGGAACGGGGAGGACGCGCCUUACAGGCCUCCGCCCCCCUUCGCGGCUUCCCGAACACCCCCAAGGCCCAAAGCGACACCAACAUACAGAAAACCACCACCAUACGUGCCCCCUUAA